UUCCCCCAAUAUCAACCCCAGCAAACAUUCUCUUCCAUUUCAGUUGUGCUAGCAGGCUGAUGAAUUGUCGGGUUUUUAGACUCACAUGACUCUAGCUCCGACUUGAUUGAAACAGCAAGGUCUCCAGCUCCGGGUCAUACACUCUAAUUCAACGACAACCACAGCAUAGCCGCUCGAAGAGGCUAGGAUUUGCCUUACAGGCUCGCACAGUCGUACCGGAGAUAAAGUGAUGGAUAGAAAGCUAGCAGAUCUGCGCAAGUCUCCGAAGCGAAAACGGGAUGAUGUCAACUACUACUACGAAGGGAGUACAUCUUCUGCAUGCCCCAGCCCCUCUCGCUCGGCCGCGAGCGUAGCGGAAGUUUGUUCGCCAGACGAGAUCAGCGUCGGAACAAGUAGUCCUCAGAUUACUGUGACCGGCCAGUUACAAGGCCUUGAUAUCCACGGAAAUGCGACAAACAUAGACUAUCUCGCUCACGGCGAUCCUCAGGCACAGCAUGACCACACCCAUCAGGAACAGCAAAGAACUCCGAGGCGGAAAUCACAACUCGGCACACAAGCUGCACUCACAACUACCCCGACAAGGAGUACCAAGAAGAAGCAAUCAAGGACGCCGACCGGCACAAUCGAGCCUUCAAAUUCUCCUUGCACACCACCAAAGGCAAAAUCUCAACGAAAAUCCCCCCCUCUUACUACGCAGCCAGAGGAAAACCCGCUUACAUGGCACGAUUCAGAAAUAACAGGGUAUGAUCCCACAGACCCAAACGACGAUGGAUACGGUAUGAAUGGGAUAGGGUUCAAGCCUACUGCCGCUGUUGCCUGGGACAGAGUGCAGCGGAGAAAGAGGCAAAUCGCUGAAUGGAAAUCUCGAGAGGCACGCGAAGACCGCAACAAGCGACGAGAGAGGCGAGAUGGUAUUGCUCCAAGCGAAGAGGAGAAGGCAGACGAUAGGAAUCGUAAAAGGGUCAAAUUUGAAACUUGAUGUGACCUCGGAAAACGGCACGGCGGUUUAUAUUAUUAUACACUGGAGCUGAGUAUUCACACUUCGAAUUAUCUUCCUCUACGCAAACAGAAUGAUAUCGAACGCCCGUGUUCCCGUUCCAGAAUGCGAACUCCAUAACUCCACCCCAGCCGGGAAAUGCUACCAAAACUUAUAACUGGAAAGUAUUGGUGUGUCAAGAUCGAGGCCACCGCGAAGGAACCGACAGCCCAGUUGCUCGCAGCCCAUAACGACCUAAGGCCUACGAAGAAUCAGCAAGCCGCCCUAGAUAGAGAGAUUGGGCAUUACAACAAACUCAUAACGUACCUCCGAGUACAACUCUUAGACUACCAAUUCCGAAUCCCGUACCGAUGCCAACGAGAAGGGAAUCGCGCGCGCAGGGUGCUUUGUAGAAGGAUGUGAAGUCGUUUGUAGAUAAAGAUUUAACUGCAUCCAUGACAGUUACUUCUUUUGGUUUUCCUCCUGCGGAAUUGUAUGUCCCUCCGGGCAUCAGAUUGACCGGUUCUUCGGGAUUCCCAAAGGCGUCCCAUAGCUUUCCGACCUGUGACUUGGGAAAUUCGUGCUUGGGCUUUUUCGGUCCCGUUUCUGACGGAGGAUGUGAGGA